AUGCCACCGCGGCUUUUUGAACGACUUUCUGCUGCCUUUUGGGGCUACCUGUCUCCACAACAACCUGCACCUAAGAAGAGGACCGCGCCUACCCGCAAUGCUCGACCUAUUCGCGUUACUCCGACUUUCGUCACUCCUAAGCGCCCUGGCAGUGGUUACUUGCCACUCACACCAGCCGACACACAUGCCGGCUCCAAAAGAAAGAGAGACCUCGAGGUCGAAGACGAUAGAAAGAGAAGCAGAUAUGACGAUUCGGAAGAUUACGAAGACGACCUCGAGGAAAUCCGUCUAGAGGACGAGAAACUGGAGCGUCUGGCAAGAUUGAAAGAGCCCAUCAAUGAGCCUGAGGACAUUGAUCACUUUUACUCUGACGGCAGCGAGUAUGACAGUGGAGAUGAGGACGAGGAAGACGGUGUUCACAAUCCUGCUCUCGCUUCUCCACACCUGCCAGGCCAAGGACUCGAACCAAGUAUCGAUGAGGAUGAUGGUAUCAAGUACGACUACAACAUCUACAAUCCCACCAUUCGCUCCGACAGACUUCCAGCAGGACGAAAACCACUUCUCGAGAGUGCUCUCCCACGAAACCUUCCUCAGAUUGUCAUCGACACCACCGAAGAAAUCACUGAUGAUGACGACGAUGGUGUGAUCAACGUGCUUCCCCAGGAAGCUCCUCCCGUCUACGACAACGGUGAUGAAGAUCUCAUCAUCUUCGCCGAUACGGAUGCUAGUGACAACUCAGCCCUUGACAUUGACACCUCUCCACACGCCAACUCGUCUUUUCUCGCAACUUCCCGCGAAGAACCAUCUCUCUUCGGCUCCUUCCUCGAAGAAGCUCAAGAUGGCGAAGACACAAUUCUGCUGGACUCACGCGCCCGCGUCGGUAGUCUCGAAGACGAGCGCGUAUCCAAAGACCAACUCCUCGCCCGCGGCUGGCCCCAGAACACAGUCUGGUUAAUCCAACGCAUUCACAACCGCGGCCGUGAACCCAUCUUCGCAUUCCACUGGCGCAUCGACUUUCCCAUGAUGCCUGAGGGCAUGUUUUUGCCUGCUUACCAUGCCCAUCCUGGUUACAUCAAUACUCUACGCAACAAGGAUUUCCGCGCCAAACAUGCUUUUGAGAGACUCAUGCAAUUGGGACCAAAAGUGCGCGACAAGAUCACCGUAGGUCUUGCGCCCGAGAAAUUGAUCGUGGAUGAAGUGCGCAGAUAUAUGGCAUGGGCAGAUUGGGACUCCAACAACCAAUUCCCUUCCUAUCCGUUCAUCGAGAUCCACACUGGAACAAGGGAUGAAGACGUCAAUGCGCUACAAGAUACAUUACUCCUUCGCCUCUCCAACCUGCACAAACAUUGGCUUGCUCCUUCUGACAUGGCGCCGAAACCUCCUGCUCCAUUUAUGCGUCCUGCUGAUCAGGACCUCGAUCAACCGCCACCGUUAUACGGUAUCCUGGUCUCGCAUACUUUGCUUGGUGUUGUUGCUUUCGUGCCUGGCGCCGAAUACAGCGAUUCUAUUGGGUAUCUGCGCACAGUGGGUGUCUUUGACUUUAAUGUCACGGGUUAUGAUGUGUGGACGAGUCUGGCAUUGGCUCUACUCGUCAUUCACGUCAGAGAGCAAGGUUGCAAGUACGGAUCCUGA